GAUUGGAGGCUCAGCAUUUCGUUUAUCCCGCAUGAUGAUGGAGUCCUAUUCUUUUGCAGUGGAGCAAGAUCAGCACAAACAAAAUUUCAAUUAGGUAUGUAUUAUCGAAAAAUAGGAUGGUGGUUGAAAACGGCUUCGGCCAUCUCAAGGCCCGGUUUCGGCGUGAGAAGGGCAUCGACAAUACUAUAGAAAAUUCUGCACUUGUAAUAAAAGCUUGUUGCGUUUUGCACAAUUUCCUGAACAACCGAAAUGACGAGGUUACUCUUAAAUGGCUGGUAGCUCAGCAACAAGUUGACGCUCGUAGACCGCAACCAGCAAAAGAUGUCUUGCUGAGGGCUGCCGAUGCCAGUGGUGAGGAAAUUCGUGAGGCAAUUGCAGUUUUCUUAGCUCGUGGGGUUAAAGCGGUCGACGUGGAUGGUCCUACGGGAGAUGAACCAGAUUGUGGAGGUGCUGGGGUUGAUGGGGCAGAUAGAGACUCUAACGCUUCGUGGUAGGAUCGCUCAUCAUCCAACCACUCUUCGUCGAGUUGAUCCAUAUCAUCAUCGUCCGGAGAUGCCUCAGCGUGUCCUGUAAAUAAAAAAAAUAUUGAAUUCAAUGGUUUAUGGUUGUAAUGAUAUCUUAAUUUACCACUUCAGACAUUACUAUCCUCCACGAGACUCUCUAAAUUAUGUAUCGCGUGGCUUCCAAGAAGUGCAUGCACUUGUUCGAAGUACGGCCAAUCUGAUGGAGAGCCACCCGACGUGCCAACA